AUAGAGAUCUACAGCCCUGAAGCACCAGCACAGAGGCUGUUCCUCGUUCUGGUAACCAAGCUCUAGCUACACUCAACACCCAAAUCAGUUCACCAUGUCCAGGAAAGUUGUCCGGGCCAGUAAGUUCCGCCACGUCUUUGGCCAGGCACUGAAGACUGACCAGUGUUACGAUGACAUCAGGAUUUCCCAGAUGACCUGGGACAGCAACUUCUGUUCGGUCAAUCCCAAAUUUGUGGCCAUGAUCGUGGACGCCAGUGGAGGAGGAGCGUUCAUAGUGCUUCCUCUGAGCAAGACUGGUCGGAUUGACAUGUCCCAGCCCACUGUGAAUGGACACACAGGUCCAGUUCUGGAAAUCGAGUUUUGUCCUCACAAUGACAACAUCAUUGCCAGUGGAUCGGAGGACUGCAGCGUCAUGAUCUGGGAGAUCCCAGACGGUGGUUUGGUGACUCCUCUGAAGGACCCUGUUGUCAAGCUUGAGGGGCACUCCAAGCGAGUGGGCAUCCUGAGUUGGCACCCUACGGCUCACAACGUGCUCAUGAGUGCAGGAUGUGAUAACGUUGUGAUCCUGUGGAACGUGGCGUGUGGCGAGGCGAUGGUAAGGAUCGAUGACAUUCACCCAGACACCAUCUACAGCGCCUGCUGGAACAGGGAUGGCUCCAGGAUCGCCACCUCUUGCAAGGACAAGAAGCUACGUGUUCUGGACCCGCGCAAGGGCACUGUCAUUGCCGAGAAGGACAAGGCCCACGAAGGCUCCAGGCCUAUCAGAGCCGUGUUCAUGGCUGACGGGAAGAUCUUCACCACAGGCUUCAGCCGCAUGAGCGAGAGGCAGGUGGCGCUUUGGGACCCGAAGAGCUUUGGAGAGCCUUUAACCCUGCAGGAGUUGGACACCAGCAGUGGUGUCCUCCUUCCCUUCUAUGAUCCUGACACUGGCGUCGUCUACCUCUGUGGCAAGGGUGAUAGCAGUAUUCGGUACUUUGAGGUGACGGAUGAAGCUCCCUAUGUCCACUACCUUUCUAUGUACAGCAGUAAGGACAGCCAGAAAGGCAUGGGCUACAUGCCAAAGAGAGGCCUUGAGGUCAACAAAUGUGAAAUUGCCAGAUUCUACAAACUUCACGAGAGGAAAUGUGAACCCAUUGUCAUGACUGUGCCGCGGAAGUCGGAUCUUUUCCAGGAAGAUCUGUUCCCUGACACAAUUGGUCCAGAACCAUCUGUGGAAGCCAAUGAGUGGUUUGACGGCAAGGACGGCCAACCUAUUCUGAUCUCCUUGAAAGACGGUUUUGUGGCAACCAAACCCAAAGAGUUCAAAGUUAACAAAAAUCUUUUGAAGACCACAAGUUCCUCCGUUGGGUAUCAGCAAAACAACAACGAGGUACAAGAGUUGCAGGAAGAGGUCAAAAAACUGAAGGAGGCAGUAGAGGAACUGACCAAGCGUGUGAGCGAGCUAGAGAGCAAGAAUUAGAAAUUAGUGAAAGAGGGAUGAUGCUGAGUGAGGAAGACCAGGAGAUUUUACCAAGAAGCUCAAAAAGGAGGAAGAAAACCAAAAAGUUACUGAAUCAUGAGUUUAGAGAAAGUUAAAGUAUGUUUGAAUGACAGGUGGAUAAAGGGAGGGGUUAAGACAAAAAAAAUGGAAUUUUUAAGAAGACAAAUAUUUUCUGCCAGAAGUUCAAAUAUGUUAUUUUCUAAUGUUUUCUAAACAGGUUUUAAUAUAUGCUUACAAAGUUUGAAAUAAAAGUGCUCUUAUUUUCAAAAUAAAA